UUGCACAGAUAGAACUGCAGUGGGAGGAGGGGUGUGCGCUUUUGUUUGAAUUCUUUUUAUGUUUUCCUUAACGGCAUUUUUUUUGCAGUUUAAAAAUAAUUUAUAUUUGAAAAGCGGUAUGUUUCCGAACAACUUGAUCAGUGUUAACGUUUUUACUUCUGUUACUGACACCACAGAUGAACCUUUAAGACCCGCAGUUCCACCGUCAGUGGAACUGGGAUUAACAGUAGUUUAUAUAAUUCUUUAUUUGGUUCUGUUCCUGUUCGUUUACUUGCAGCUGUGGUUGAUUUUGCACUAUAAGCAUAAGAGGUUCAGUUAUCAGACUGUGUUUUUGUUUCUUUGUCUAUUCUGGGCUGCGCUGAGGACCACACUUUUUUCAUUUUAUUUCAAUAAUUGUGUCCAGGCCAACCAGCUGCAACCUUUUCCUUAUUGGUUGCUGUACUGUUUUCCAGUUUGUUUGCAGUUCUUCACCCUAUGUCUGCUUAACCUUUACUUUGCACAGGUUAUAUUUAAAGCCAAAGCCAAAUAUUCACCUGAACUCAACAAAUACAAGAUUCCACUACGUUUAGCGUUUUUGCUGGCCAGUGUGCUUUUUGCUAUUGUGAAUUUUACUUGUGCAAUGCUAGUUCAAGGAGAUGUGCCAGAAAGCCAACUAAAAUGGACAGUGCUGGCCAGAGUGCUAAUCAAUGACAGCCUUUUUGUUCUUUGUGCCAUAUCGCUUGCUGUUUGCAUUUUCAAAAUUGCAAAGAUGUCCUCUGCAAAUGUCUACCUCGAAUCAAAGGGCACAUCUGUGUGUCAGGCUACAACUGUGGGUGCUGCAGUUAUUUUGCUGUUUAUUUCAAGGGCUUGCUAUAAUUUGGUUGUGGUUGCCAUGUCUCCUGAAGACAGACCGACUCCUUUUAACUAUGGAUGGUACAAUGUAUCUGAUCAGGCUGACGUGGAAAAGAUAAGUGAUCGAGCAUAUGUUGUGUUUGGAAUUAUUCUUUUCUUCUGGGAGCUUUUGCCAACAAGCUUGGUGGUAUUAUUUUUUCGUGUUCGGAGGCCAAACCAAAAUCUGAGUACUGGUGGUAUGGUCAACAGUCAUAGCUUCAGUUCCAGGGCCUACUUUUUUGACAAUCCAAGAAGAUAUGACAGCGACGAUGACUUAUCAAGAAGCAUCGGUUCAAGAGGAGAUAGAGGAAGUGUAUUGUCCUCGACACCACAGGGCACAAAUUGGUAUGGAACAAUUCACAGGAAUAGCAGUUUUAAUGUAGUCCCUCACUUGCAGAACGGACCACCCACGGCUACAGCUCCGCUGCUUUUUGCAUAUGGUAACAUCCAGUGUAAUCACCACCAUAAUUACUAUUCCACCCCACAGAACUGUCACUCUGCGCCUCAAAACACACAUUCUGCACCGCAGAACUGAUGAUUUGCCUGCAUCUCUAGAUAAUUCUGAUGUUUACGUGAAGACAAGAAUGUAUUACUGAAAUGAACAGUUUCAGAAAAGACUCAUAAGAAAACAUUCCUUUUCCUGUUAUAGCUGGAGACAAAGCUCUGGAUAUUAACUGACUCUGUGUAAGGAAGUCUGAUGGUAUGACUCUUGUGGUACUAUGUAGCAUUUGGAGUAGAGUAACCUUCAGAAGCUUUGCUGUGAUCUGUUCUCAAAAAAAGCUGAUUGGCAGACAGUAGUACCUGAAAAUCUACUGGCUGUCUCAAGCUGAAAUGCAUAUUUGCACUUUUUAUCUGCACAUUCUAAUUGAACAAAACAUGUAUGAUCUUUUUUCCGCAGCCUUUCCACAGUGACCAAUAAUGCUGUUUUUCUUUCUUUCCCUUUUUUCUUUUUUAUAAUAGCUGUUUUUUUUUUUUUUUUUUUUUUUAACCAGAAAGGAAAGGUAGCUUUUUUACAAGGAGUGAAACACCUUUAAGUAUUGAACGGAUUGUUACCCAGUGCAAUAUUUUCAACCACUAGUAGUGACAUUUGUGCCAUUUUAAAAUAUAUUCUUUUGGCUUUGAACCUCUGCUUGUACUUGCGUGGUCCCUGUAGGCCUGAAUAUAUGGCCUUGCACUCCAUGUUUAGCUAUUUUUGAAUAUAGUUAGGCCUUGCACUACACCAGAGUUUAUUUGCUGACUGCUUUAGUAUUAAUGGUUAAUACCUUUGAAAAAGGCCUUACUGUAGGUGGUUGUAGUUUAAAGAAGGUGAUAGAAAUUGCAAGCAAAAUAAAGGUAGGAAGGGGGAAAAUGCUUUGGAAUAAAACUAAAUCUUGUAUUUUCAUUCUUUUAAUCAUUCUUUAAAAAGAAAACACUAAGCACAGAUUGAGAGCAUUUGUGGGGUUAAUAUGUAAAAUGUGUCAUGCUGUUGUCUCUGCUUAUUCAGAUGUGUGAAGAAUAUAGGAAUCUUAUAACUAGGUACCAGUUUUUGUGGUACAUGAUCUAUGUUUAUUAUUUGUGUAUGUAGCCUUUCAUUUUUUGUAUCCUGACAGUACCUAUGUACAUACACCUGGACGUAUCAUUUUGUCUUCCUCAAGAACUACCACCUUCCUUGUACAUGCAUACUGUCCAACACUCGGGUAAGAUAUUUUUCCUGAAGGGUUUCCCAGUCCUGCAAGGGAUGAAUUUCUCUGACCUUUUAAAGAAUGCUGAAACAGCCUUGCAAGUUAUGUCUUGCCACCUCUCUACACUACUCUUUGACCAGCAGAACUAGUUGCUGAGGACAGAGCAAGUUAUACUUUGUAAUAUUGGACCGAUGUGCCAAUUGUUUCUGAUCUCUUAAUAAGGAUCAGAAAUAUAUUGCAAUGCACGGUCUUUUAGGGGCAGUAUUUUGAUGGUGGUAGGAGAGAGACCAACCCUCUGUCUUCCUCUGCUUUGGAAUGUCUGUAAUAAUCAUCAUUGCUAUGCGUUCCCCAUUACUCAGAGUUGAGUCUAGAUUUUGCAUGCUGCUAAUAACAUCAGACUUAAACUGACAUCAGCUACUGUUUUUAAUUUGCAUUUUUUUUUCGUAUUUUGUUGUAAUUAAGGGGGUUGGGUUUUCUAAGCAAAGCUGGUAAAUAAAUGGCAUAACUUUUAAAGGAAGAUUUUUCAUAUAUCUGAUUAGUUUCAGAACGGUAUGGUAAUUUCUGUUGGCAGAAUUAAUUAUAAUCUCUGUUAUAUACAUGAGAUGAUAGAACAGGCCAAAGUUUAUUUUGAGUGUUGUGUUUUAUGAUAGAUGCCGUGGCAAUUCUACAUAUACUUUAUUAUAUUUUUUUACACUUACAUAGACUCCUGUUGCUUUUUUCUUUUUUAUGCUUGGGGCAGUUUAAAGUGUUUUUAAUAAUUUUUCUCCGUAAAAGAAAACGUGCAUAUGUGCACUACAAGUCAAGCAAGUCAGAUUCACAAAAAUGUAAAACCUUUCAAUGUAAGCAAUUAAAUGUCGGCUUAUAAUUGAGUUGUCGUAGGGGGUUGCAAGAUGCAGCAUAUCUUGAGAAAAAUGUAGAUCAAGAGUCAAUAUGUGUAGCCUAAACCAUGUUUACUGUAUUCUGUGGUGUGUCUAUUGUUGAAGUAGAAGCCAUGUUAGUUGCGACAUCAUUUGUAACAGUAACAUUUGAUGAGGGAGAAGUUUCAUCAUGAGUUGUUAAAUGUAAAUUAAUUAUUUCUGUUUUUGCAAGAACAGUCUAAAAAAAGGAUUAUUUUGCUCACUAAUGAGGUUUCAUUCUCCAUAUACUUCAUUGUUUUAAAAUUGAUAACUUAACUAUGCAGUCCUUUAAUAAUAAAAUCUCUUAUGCAUUUAGUUCCUCGGGCUGGGGGUCGAUACUCAUAACCUGUGUAGUGAUGUAGGGAACUAAAAGUUUGUUCUAAUUUUGUCACUGUACUUAAGUAUCCCUUGUGCAUUUUUUGACAGGGGGCGGUACUCAUAACCCACUAGCCAUGUAUUUAGGAAUGUGUGGGGCUGAAACUCUAGCCCUCUUUUGGUACUGUAUUUACGUAGCUUUGUUUUUUAUUUAUUUAUUUUUUUUGUCCCCUGUCAGUCAUCAGUCCCCUCACAGCCAAGUGGCCCUUUUAUUCCCCAUCACCAGGGCAGAGUUUAGCAAGGAUGGGUCAUCAUUAAGACAGCCAUUAGGAGUAAUUCUACUUUUUUUUUUUUUUUUCUUAAGCCUUACUUCCUGUAUUUACCAAGCUACAGAGUAUGGGUGGGGUGUGCCAUAGCUGUCAGUGUUGACAUCAGCAGAAUCUCCUCCCCAUCCACAGUAGUCACUGUUUGAUGGUUUCCCCAGUGUACACCAAAGAAGUCCAGCCCAAUGCACAUGCCCCAGGUGGAUGCAGCCCCCUACCCCAUCCUUCACUGCCUACUCCAUGAAGUGUCGGAGGUGUUAGUCGAACUGUGGAUGCCUAGCCUGUGUAAUCAGGGCACUGUCCCUUUAAUGCCAUUGGAGCGCGCUAUAGUUACACAGUUUUGAGUAAGCGGUAGGAGUGUUGAUCAUAAAGACCACUUACAGCAGCAUCUCAAAAGCAGUUGGAAACUGUUGGUUUUCAUGUGCAGGUACAAGUAUCUCUGGAGCUUCUUUUACACUAGAAUUUUCUCACGCCUCAUUUCCUAACCCAUUUCUACACAUUCAUUUAAAUCUUCAACUUCAGACAUGGCAGAGCUGCCUGGUGACUUCAGGUAUUUCAAAAAUAAAGGUUUGCAAUGCUUUUCUAGCCUUGGGACAUUGUUUUCUUUGAUCCAUCAAGCUUGUGUAGCCGGAUAUCUAUUGAUGGCCUAGACUUCUAUUUUUUAAUGCAGUUGUUAGAUCAGUUUCACAUACAUUAACCUUCCAGCUCAAAGUUGUCCUGUCCUCAAAAACGAACUCCAAGGCACAUAUUGCUAGUGAUUCAUGUGGCAGUGUCUAUCAGCAGUUUUAUCUUAGUCUGUUUACUGGAAUGUACCUCUUUAAAGGUGAUGCUAGAGGUAAACCACAGCAUUAGGACUCUAUAGUAGAUACAUCAGCAGCAUGUUGGAAACAGAGGGCUUAACCGAUUCCAAUGUUUUAGUCUUUUGUAAAAGGAAAAUCACAAAACAGGAUCAUUGACAACAUCUUGAAUGUUGCACUAUGUGUAUUUUUGCAAGUUAGUUUUUGGUGGUUAUUAAAAUAUUUGCUUAUAUUUCUUUAUGAUUGUAUGGAAUGUUAUUCUUUUGAAACAUGGCCAAGAUUUAAAUAGAUGUCUUUCUUUUGGGAAGGAGGAUUCUAGCAGCAUUGUAAAAACAAGUAAGGUUCUAUUCAUUAUUAGCUUUA